GCAGAACUGCGCGCAUGCGCAGUACGAGCUUCUCGGCUUAGCCUACACACCCUGCUUGUUAGUAUUAAUGAGCAGAGCCAGGGCGCCUCUGAUUGGCUCCUGAUGCCAGUUUCCAGGACAACAGAAACCAAACGAACCGUUUUAUUGACUUUACAAGUCUAACCGUAUAUAGGAUAUAUAACCACUGAAAUAUACUUUAAGGUUUUCUAUAUCUUUUGAAAAUGGAUGGAGAGCCAGAAAAUGAGGUGAAGAUUAAUGGGCAGGUGUCAGCAGAUUCCACCAACGAAGAGGACACUUCGCCAGCUGUUUAUGGAAAUGAAAAGGAAGGUGUCCCAGAUGAAAUGGUUGCAUCAGAUCAUGAUGAAGAAGACUCUGAAAAUAUGAAAGCCACUGAAGAAGCAGCCACCUCUGAGCCAGAAGACAACAGUGGAAAUGAGUUCCACGGUGUCGACCACAUGACCUCAAGUGAAGGCUUGGAUGUGAAGAUGAAGGAAGUGAAUGAACAACUAAUGUCCCACGAGGAGAGUGUUGUUUUUGAAAUCAACAGCACUGAUGAUGAUGGACCUCCCAGAUUACAUUUUGAGACCCCAGAGAGACAGAGCACCACUCCUACACAGGAGGAAGAUGAAACUGAGGAAAAGGGAUCCACUGCUGCUCCUGCACACAAAGAAGACAUCAACAAUGAAGAAUACAUGCAGCUCCAUCAGAAGCUGUGCGAGGACAGAAAUAUUGUCAGCCAACACCACAGCCAGCUGCAGACGAAACUGGCAGAGUUCUUCCGCAGGAAGGCCUGGGAUGAUGCCCAGCUGGAGAGGGAGAUGUCAGAGCAGCUGCUGGAGUAUGAGAGGUGCAUCAACAUACUGACUGACCUGAAGCAGCAGAUCACUGCUAAUAUGGAGACAGCUCAGCAGCAGACAGAAGAGCUGAGGCUCAAGUCCCAAGAGAAGCUGAAUAAGGUGGAAACUGAAUGGCGAACGAUCACUGCACUGAAGCAGGAUGUAGCUGUGGCAGUACUAAGUCGAUGCCUAGGUAAAGAAGUUGCUCAGGCCAAAGUAGAAGCAACCUUAGCAACAGAGAAGCUUCUGCAGGACAAGCUGAACAAGCUCUGCCUCAAGCACAUCAAGCUGAGGAUUAAGAUUCACAGGCUGGAGACAGAGCUCUGUGAAGGGGAAGAACAUGCUAGGGACCCCCUACAGCUCCAGUUUGAGCGGCUCCAGACAGAGAGGCUGGAGCAGAAAAAAUACACCGAAAAGCAAAAUGAGGAAUGUUUAAAGAUGCAGAAAAAGAUCAGCAGCAGCGAAGAGCUCCUGUCGAAUGUAAAGGAAAAGCUGUUCUGGAGCCAGAUGGAGAUCCAGGCAAAGCGAGAGCAGCUGGCCACGUUGGAGGCCAUGGUGGCCACAAAGAGGGACCUCUUGACCAGGAGCAGGCAGGCAUGCAGUGGCCUGCAGAGAGACAACCUGAGGCUGAAGGAGCAUCGUGGACUGAGAGGGAACAGGGUCCUGAUGCAGGACUUUGAGGACACUGUGGAUGCCUCCGAUCACCUAGCGAAACAUCUGGAGGAUCUGAAGUGCCUGCAGGCUGAGAUUGUCUUCAGAUGUGGCAGAUGGAAGAAGAAGCUGGAGAUAAUUUAAUUAUUGAAUGAACAAAUGAUUAAACUGAACAUUUUAAGGUGUGAUCAGGAUACACAGUAUCAACCUGGAAAAAAGCCACAUUAAACAGAAGAGGACAUUAAUGAACAUUAAUAAGCAUCAGCUUUAAUUGGUUGUUUUAUUUAAUUUAAUUUUAUUUUAAUCUUAAUUUAAUCAGACAGUCUCAUUGAGAUUAAGAUCUGUUUUUCAAGAGAAACCCAACAACAAGAAACAUUCACAAGAACAUAAACAGCAAACCAGGAACAACAAAUUAGAAAAAACUGUUACAAGAAUAAUUCAAAACAUCAAAUAAUAAAGCUUUAAAAUCUCCAACGGGAGUCUAAGUUUGAGGGCAGUUUAAAGUUCAUUCCAUUUAAAAGUACCUGAUCUGAUCUAGUACCUGUAACCAGUUCUGCCAACAUUAGUGCAUGUCCCGACAACAUAUCCUAACUGGAUGCAAUGUGAGCGAGUGGUUAAAGCGACUAAAUUAGUUUGGUUGCUUUGUUUCUUAUUGGACUGUCCUAAAUGCCUGCAACGUGACAUAACAUGACAUGAUGCGAUGUGGCACGCUGUUUUGAGCUGAACUUUUGAUGUACGACCUGUUUUCUGUUUUUAUUCUGUUUGGCUGAUUCAUGAGUUUUAAAUGAGGAAUUACCUACAUGAUACCUCCUUAUUUCACUACAAAAACCUUAGCACACUCACAUGCAAAGGUUUGGCCACCCCUGGUCGAAAUUUAGUUUACUGUGAAUAGUUAAAGGAGCAAUAAGCGAAAUUCAUCAUUUCUAGCUUGAAGACGACCAG